AUGACAUCCCAGGAUGGCGACGAUCAGGCGCGCCUGGCGCCCGCUCUCCAGAUCACGACGCGAGACUUCGCCGCUGCCCCCUUGACGCAGGCCGUCACCGACACCGCUGUCCCGACAGCCACAGCUACAGUCACUACUCCAGAGCGCCAGUCUCAUCACGCUCACUUUGCAGAUGACCCCGCCGCCGCUGGCACUGGUCCGACCUUGAGUCCGCCCAUUCCGAUUCGACGUCGAUUCACGCGAGCAAAUACCUUUAAGAGCAUUGAAGACUUCAGCGAAUUUGAUAUGCCUCGACGGGGCUGGCAGCCCGGAGCAGAGCCUGGUCUCGACCCCUACAAGACGGAUGGUGGUCACGGCUCGAUGCUCAACCUGACAGCAACGUGCGAAAUCACGGUCGUCGACUUCUCGCACGACGAUAUCGACGUCAAGUCCAUGACAAACGAGACUCUCUCGCUCUUCUUGAAAGAGCCCCAGCCAGAGUGGGCCAGGUGCCGGUGGAUCAACGUCAACGGUCUGAGCUGGGAUGUCAUCGCGACCCUGGGAAAAUACAAGAGGCUGCACAAGCUCUCUAUCGAAGAUAUCAUGAACACCAGGAAUAGAACCAAGACGGACUGGUACGCGAACCAUGCCUUCGUCAUCUUCACCAUGCUGAAACUGGCCCACGUGUGCGACCAGACUUCAAGCGACGACGACUCAGAUGCAGAUUCGGACGCCAGAAGCCAAAGCGGUAGGAGUGCGCGCAGCAACAGAGGCUCGCGCAUCACCAAGGGUAUCUCGAAAUCUCUCAGGUCGAUGUUUGGAAUGGCCCGGCAGCCUAAGCGGCCCCAGCGGUCGGAGAAGUCCAUGGAGAAUGGGCUCGAAACCCUGCAGCACCUCAAAGCCUACGAAACUGGUCUCUCCGAGGCAUCUGGAGAGACCCUCGAAAGGACGCUGCAGCGUUACCAGGCUGGACCCAAUGAGGCCAAGAUUGAGUAUUUCGAAAAGCAUUCAGCCCUUGCACCACACCAGCUCGGCGUCAUAGCAGAACAGGUCUCCAUGUUCAUCACCAACGACAACACCAUCAUCUCAUUCUUUGAGCUCUCUGCAGACGUUGUGGAGAAGCCAAUUCUCAAGCGCUUGUAUACCAAUGACACUGUUCUCCGGCAGUCUUGCGACGCAAGCAUGGUCGGCCAAGCCAUCAUAGACGCAGCCAUUGAUUUGGCCAUCCCCGUGGCUUCAGUCUACGCGGAUGUGAUUGGCGAUCUCGAGCUUGACGUUCUUACACGGCCAGAUGUCACUCACACAAAGAAGUUAUACAUUGUCAUCAACGAGAUUAACAAGGUUCUGGCCAUCAUCAACCCCGUUGUCAACCUGAUCAAUGCGUUACGAGACCAUAAAUCAGAAUUGUCACAAGAGUCGGCCGCCCUGCACCUGCAAGAUCCUUCACGAGGCGUCAUCAUCACCCCAAUGACACAUACAUAUCUUGGAGAUGUUCUGGAUCACUGUGUUCUCAUCACCGAGUCCCUGAACAGCAUCAAGGCUCAAGCCGACGGGUUGAUUGACCUCAUCUUCAACACCAUCUCGGCUUACCAGAACGAGUCGAUGAAGCAGCUUACACUAGCGACCAUCUUCUUCCUGCCCUUGACUUUCUUGACUGGAUACUUUGGCCAGAAUUUCCAGCCAUUCGAUGACCUCGACAGAGGCAUUUUGUUCUUCUGGAAGAUUGCCGUACCCAUGUCGUUCGCGACAGUGCUUGUGUUGAUGCGGCAUAUCAUCUGGGACGGGCUGAAGAACUUCAUGCAGCGGCGCCAUAUCCUGCGGGCCAGGAAAACUAGGCGCAAGGCAAACAAAAAGAAGCGGCUUUAG